CUGAGACGCUUCGUUCAUCGGAUCAUCGGCUGCCAUGCGGACAGUGCCUGGCUAUGGCGCGGGACAUGACCAAGGCGGAAGAGAAGCUCCAAGGCCGUCCCUGCAGUGUGGGCGACUUUAGCCGCCCCGGGCAGUUCCAGAUCAUACGAGAUUUGCACAGCAGCCCGACUGGGUCGGUGCACUUGGCGAAGAUCAAAGCACCGACCUCUUCUGUGUCAGAAGUUGUUUUGAAGAAACGAAAAGUGCCUGAACUGGGCAAAGCCAAAGACAUGUUGAACGAGUUCGAGGUCAUGAAAAAGUUGAGUCAUCCGAACAUCAUCCGAUGCUACGGCUACUUCUGGGACUAUCCCUCUCAGUCCUUGUACAUCGUCUUGGAAUACGCCAACCGCGGGGAUCUGCACAGCGAGCUGCAGAAUCGGAAACGUUUGGGGAAACACUUUGGCAACGACGAGGUGUGGGGUAUCUUGGCACAAGUCCUCUUGGGCCUUCGUCACAUCCACGCGCGGGGCAUCGUUCACCGUGACGUGAAGACUAUGAAUCUGCUGCUGAAUGACCAGGGUGUCAUCAAGCUUGGCGACUUCGGCGUAUCGCGGCAGAUGUCUGAGCACACCAUGCAGCUUCAGUCCUUCUAUGGCACGCCUCUCUACUUAUCGCCCGAGCUCAUCGAAGGACGACCUUACACGCAGAGUACGGAUCUGUGGUCCUUGGGUGUGGUGCUGUACGAACUGCUGAGUUUGGAGUUGCCCUUCAAAGGGAACAACCUGCAGGACAUCGUCUCGCAGGUGCUCUCGGGGCGCUACGCGCCGCUGCCCGCCUUCCGGGGUGCCGAGCUUGCCGAGGCGGUGCAGUCUUUGCUGACGCGCGACAUGCGGCAGCGGCCCAGUGCCGAGAUGCUCCUGCAGCGCUUGGAGAAGCUGGGCAAGAUCCGGCGGCAAAAGGUGGAAGAGCUGCCAAAGAAGGUCGAAACACCACCUGACAAGGAGAACCGUUCCCCACCUAGCGAAGAGCAGGUGGUCAGGGUUCGGAGAAGACCCACCUCUGCACCACAGGUGCGACCCAAAGUGCAGACGCCUUACCCUGGAGACCUCGUUCCCCCGGACGACGCCGGCAACGGUGGCGUGAAGCCGGCCGCGGGACGACGGGAGGAGCGCUGGGAGCAGCGCCGACAGGCGCACGUGCCACAGCUGUAUGCGAAGGAGAAGUUGCAAGGCAGACCUUCGAGUGUGGGAGACUUUACGCAUCGUGAGCAGUUCCAGAUCUUGAAGGACCUGCAGAGCAACAGCAACGGCUCCGUCCACCUGGCCAAGGCCCUCGGUGCCGCAGCGCAGGCCGUCGUGGCACCGGUGCUGGUGCUGAAACGACGCAAGGUACCUGAGCUGGGAAAAGCCAAAGAUAUGCUGAAUGAGUACGAGGUGAUGAAGAAAUUGAAUCACCCAAAUAUCAUCCGCUGCCACGGAUAUUUCUGGGAUUUUCAGUCUCAAUCUUUGUAUAUUGUGUUGGAAUAUGCGAAUCGCGGUGAUUUGCACUCCGAACUGCAGAGCCGCCGACGCCUGGGGAAACACUUCGGCGACGACGAGGUCUGGGACAUCUUGGCGCAGGUUUUGCUGGGUCUUCGUCACAUCCACGCGCGAGGCAUUGUGCAUCGGGAUAUCAAAUCCAUGAAUCUCUUCCUCACGGACGAAGGCGUGAUCAAGCUGGGUGACUUUGGCGUGUCGCGACAAAUGUCUGAGAAGACCAUGUGUUUGCACUCCUUCUACGGCACCCCGUUGUACUUCUCGCCGGAGAUCAUCGAAGGUCGGCCCUACUCGCAUUCGACGGAUCUUUGGUCCCUGGGGGUCGUCCUGUACGAGUUGCUGAGUUUGGAGCUGCCCUUCAAGGGGCCCAGCCUACAGGACGUGAUCGCGGCGGUCUUGAGAGGUCAAUACGCUCCACUUAGCCGCCCCGCGGAGUUCAACCAGGUGGUUUCCAUGUUGCUGACCCGCGAUGCUGAGAAACGGCCCAACGCCGAGGAGCUGUUGCGACGUUUGGGUCGCAUGGGCCGCUUGCGUCGUGCUGAACACUGGUCGCCUGCUGGCAAGCCUGUUGAGCCCGAGAAGACACCGGAGGGAGACGUGCUGGUGCGCGUGCGCCGGGCAUCCAGGGAGUCCAGGGAGUCGAGGGAGUCGAGUGAAAGGGAGGCGAAGUCUGAUCCGAAAAGCGCGCAGUUGCUGGCGAAAGUGGCCCCGCGCCAUGCCGAGCUCUUCGCGGCCCUGCCGGGCCCGGCGGCGCCGAACGGCAAUGCGCGGGAGGAGCGCUAUGAGCGACGGCGGCAGGCGCAUUUCCGUUCGUCAAGUCAAACGGAGGCGUCCAAGUCCUCCAAUGACUCCGAGGAUACGGCGCCGAAUGUGCUUUUAGCGCCUCCGGGGCUCACACGCGCCGUGCCCAAACGCUUGGCGUCCUGAGGCUGCUGGAUGUGUACAUAUAGCCAGUACAACCCGGUAAGGGUUGAAGCAACACAAAACCCAGCGGCUGUGUCCAGUGGAUUCCAGUGGCGAGUGGCUGCAGGAUG